UCAACUCCUCGUCCCAUUUGGUUAAACUGUAAUCUGCACUCACCUGCGCUGUACUCACCUCAAGCUGGGACAUGGCUUUUCCUAGAUUUUUACGGGGCCAAGUAUUGCUUUUGAGAAGCCUCUCUCUCAUCUUCAUGGGAAUGCUCUUUUCUCUGGCUCUGUGGGAAAGGGGCUCUCACAGAAAGCCACUGUCUGAUCUCAGGAUACCACAGCAGUUCUCUAUUGACCUGGCUGGCUGCACAGCCAUCAUCAGCGGAAACGUAGAGGGGAAGGAGAAAUCACUGGAAGAACUUCUUGCAUCCAGGAAAAAACAGAUGCUUUUAUCUGAGGACUUUUACCUCAAUGUAACACAGGACUGUGACGGUUAUAUUAAAAAAAGAGGCUUUAUCACUGUGCCCCUCAGUGAAGAGGAGAGGGACUUUCCUAUUGCCUACUCAAUGGUGGUCCAUGAGAAGAUUGAGAUGUUUGAGCGACUUCUACGAGCUGUUUACACUCCUCAGAACAUCUACUGUGUGCAUGUGGACCAGAAAUCCUCUCAAGAAUUUCAAAAGGCUGCAGAGGCAAUAGCCUCCUGCUUUCCUAAUGUGUUUGUAGCCAGUAAACUGGAAAAAGUGGUGUAUGCCUCCUGGUCCAGAGUGCAGGCUGAUUUGAACUGUAUGACAGAUCUACUUCACUCACACGUCCAGUGGAAGUACCUGCUGAACACCUGUGGGACAGACUUUCCUAUCAAAACCAACAGAGAGAUGAUCCAAGCGCUGAAGGCCCUGAAUGGGAGGAACAGCAUGGAGUCUGAGGUCCCCAGUGACUUUAAAGCAGGACGAUGGAAGUAUCAUCACAACGUGACUAACAUUGUAACACGAACGACUGUGAGGAAAAGCCCUCCUCCUGUUAGCAGCCCCAUGUUCUCAGGGAACGCUUAUUUUGUUGUCACAAGAGCCUUUGUGGAACACGUGAUGCAGGACAGAGGCGUUCAAAAACUGAUGGAGUGGGAAAAAGACACUUUCAGCCCAGAUGAGCACCUCUGGGCCACCCUGCAGAGGAUGCCGUCUGUCCCGGGAUCAGUGCCCGCUAACAAUAAGUAUGAUACAUCAGACAUGCUUGCCCUCGCUCGUGUGGUGAAGUGGAGCUUUCUGGCAGGAGAUGUAAGAAGUGGAGCUCCAUACUAUCACUGCACUGGAGUGUACAGAAGAUCAGUUUGUGUUUAUGGAGCUGGAGACCUUGGGUGGCUCCUGAAACAACAGCAGCUCUUUGCUAAUAAGUUUGAUCCAGAAGUUGAUGAUGUCGCUAUUCGAUGUUUGGAGUCAGUUCUACAUUUUAAAGCAUUAGGACAUAACUCAAGCUUGACAGAAAAAUAUUCAACCACUCUGUAAAGCAUAUAAUCAGCUUAAACAAUAAAGUAGUAACUUAUUUCAAUAAAAUAGAAGCUAGACUGAAAAUUUCUCAAUGCUUGUGUGUUGUCACUAGUUUAUAUAAACGCUUAAAUUAUCAUAACAUGAUUUAAAGAUGCUAUUUUGUAUGGAUUUAGUGUGCAUUGAGAUUUUGGCUUGAUCUCAGGUAUGCCUUUGGCAAAAAAUGUUAAAAACCACGGCUUUAUACCAUCAUUAACAAUUUGUUGUGAUUUGUACAUGCAUGUUUUUGUUUUGAU